AGACAAAGGAACCCAUUGCAGAUGGAGGACACGCAGCGACCCGUGAUGCACCAGUUCAAAGUGAAGCUGGCACAAUCGGACGAGCAAAAACAGCAAACGGUCCCGUCCACAUCUUACGGUGGGCCAUUGCUGCAAGAGGUGCCGCUGUCCGCACUCGGAUUUACGGGUGAGCAGCCAAUCGAUUGGGAUAACAUAAUUCUCCCGGAGAAGACCGACUUGUAUCAGGAGUUGGCCAGGCGUAUCACAAAUUACAAGAACGCCGAUUGCAUUGUGCGGAUCGAUCAGGACGAGUUCCACUGCCACUUGCUCGUGCUGCAGAGCUACAGCGUCUUCUUCGACGAGAAGAAUUGCAAGGAGAUCGACUUGACCGGGAGCGGCGUGUCCUCGAACGCGUUCUCCAUUAUCUACGAUUGGAUGAUCAGCCCGCAGAACGAGAGCUGCCGCCUUCUGCAGAGGGACAACAUCUUGGACAUCUUCAUCGCUGCUCAAUAUCUUUGCAUUAAAGAAUUAGAGGAGCAGUGCUGGGCUUUCAUAGACAACGACGAGCUGUUCUCCGAGGACACGGCGUUCCUGCUCUACCUAGAGGCCAGGAAGAGCAGGAACACAGCCGUGAUGGAGCUGAUGGUGCCGAGGAUCAUGAAGUUCUUCCUGAUGCUCGUCAGCACCAGAGACUUCCUCGAGCUGAGAAUCGAGGAGCUCUGCCUGCUGUUGAAGUCGAACUACAUCUGCGUGAACAGCGAAAUGGAGGUCCUGAUGUCCGCGGUUCGAUGGCUGAUGCACGACUGGGAGGACAGAAAGAAGCACAUGCUGGAGGUGAUGAGAUGCGUCCGGUUCGGGCUGAUCGCCCCGUGGCAAUUGGUGGACGUGAAAAGGAACCCGGAGAACCCUGAGUUCAUGGAGCUGAUGUCCUACCCGGAGGUGCAGAAGAUGGUCGACGACGGAUUAGCUUUCGUCAUCAUCAAGUAUUGGUACGGUAAUCAGACCGAGGAUUACUAUCACUGGAUCGACUUGCUGGGACUCAGCGAGCCGACCAAUCGCAAUUGGGCCGGAGAGGACAAGAACUACGUGACAUACAGAGAAUUCCUGCUGUACCUCGAGGAAUACCAAAAAACGAAGAUAGCAGAGCUAAAAGCUCGAAAAUCUCGCAGAAAACCCACUCCGCCCCGCUCGCCGCCCAACGAUUACACGUUCGCGUCUCCCAGAGGCGUCAUCGAUCAUCCUCAAAGCUCGGGCGACAGCGGAGCCGUUCAAAAUAGCGAGGCGCUGCACCCGAAGAACUCAGCCCCGCCGACCAAGAUGUCAGGGAUGCCGAUACCGCCGAAAUUCAUGAACGAGUACUUGACCCACCUGGAACGAAACAGAGGGAGCAAGGCGCGAGCUGCGAACACGGUCGCCUUUGACGGCAGGUUCAACGGCGGCGGGGAAUCGGCCAAAGCUGCCCAUAAAUCAUCGGGUAUCGAGAAGCCCGGGUGGGAGCAGCCUCGACAGUUCGCGAAUCUGCCGAACGCCAGCAAAUUGGAUUACGGGACCCGACAGGAGAAGAACACGCCGGAUGUUUGCCGAUGCCAGCAACACGACUCGGGUCUGAUAUUUUCCGCGAGGAUGCAGCAGACGAGACGUAAGAUGCCGAGGGACCGCGAGCAUUGCGCGGACUCCGGCAAAUCCGAGGAGGAGGCGGCCACCAUGAUACAGGCCGUCUUCAGAGGAUAUAAGGCCAGAAGGAGAUUUCACGAAAUAAAGGUAUCAACGUCGGAGGCGAAACGGAAUAUCAAGAAGGUGGCGGAACUUCUGGCGAUCCCGAUGGGCGAGGCAUCGCGCAAGUCCUUGGUGGAGUCUGUCGGAAUUUCAAACAGUUCGGCAAACCAAAUCAGAAAUGGGAAGGUGGAAGCAGCAUGGCCGGCAAACUCGAGGACCAAGAAGAUGGAACAGCCGAGGCGGACGCAAAGUCAACGGCCCGGCGAGAACAAAUCGGACCAGGCGAGAAAUGUUUGCGACGAGCGUGCGCCUUCUUACGUGUCCGGGGAGCAAAGACCGCAGCCGACGCCGAGGAACACGUCGCAUCCACGAAAUACAACGAACGCUAUCACGACUAUCAAGUCGCCGAGAUUUUUCGUGAAUCGAAGUGAGAUUGUCGGCACGGCGUUGGAUAACACUGACACGGAGGAGCCGCUGUCACCGCGAUCCGACGGAAAAUCGACCGGAACUGAUGUCGAUGACAAUGCUGCGAACAAUGCGAUGUCCGAGACCAACUCCGAGUAUUCUGUCCAGAUACGAACUCCGAGCUGCGCGCAGCCAUUUUCCACCGUCGACAGCUGCUUCUACGAGGAGUCUCUGUAUUUCCCCGAUCGAGAGUCGGUACUCGUAUUCGGCGGUGUAGAUCCCCACGACGAUUAUGGUCGCGGCGGAAACACCGGCCGAGCUAUCUACAGAUUCAAGUCUGACGGGAACAUUUGGGAAUUCGUUGGAGAAAUUCCUCAGCCGCGACAUCAUCAUUCGGUUGCUUACCUAAGAGGCCGUAUCUACGUAGUGGGCGGAGCGGAUCCUCUGGAAGACAAACUGCACAGAAAGAGCACCGCGGUCGGCAGCGUCUGGAGCUACGACCCGACCACCAGGACUUGGUUCAAUGAACCUGGCAUGCUGACAGCCAGAAAGGACUUCGGAUUGGUGGUCAGUCACGGGAAAAUGUACGCGAUAGGAGGCCAAGGCAGGAACGGGAUAACGCUGAAGUCGAUGGAGGCUUUCGAUCCAUCAGAUUCCACGUGGAGGGAGAUGCAACCGAUGCAGAUCGCGAGGGUGGGACCUGCCAGCGUGAAAUAUCGGGAUCUUAUCUGGGUCGCUGGCGGGAUGACAAAAUCGAAGAAAGAGAUGUUCUCGAAGGACGUCGAGUGCUACGACCCGAUCAAAAAUUUGUGGCUGAGAGCGGUGUCUUUGAGGUCGCCGAGGUGUUUCGCCUCGUUCUACGUCGUCGACGACUGUCUCUACGUGAUCGGCGGAGCCUCGACCACUGAAAUCACCGCCCAAAGCAGCAACGACGUCGACGUGUGGGACGAGGAAGAAUGCGUAUGGAAGGAACAAGCGAAAAUGUCGAUCGCGAGACACGGACACUCUGUCGGCUCAAUAGGUGAGCAGCUCUUAAUAAUCGGCGGCGUAACUACAGUAUUCAUGAAAACGCUGAGCAACGUGGAGUGUUACUGCUGCGACAUUGGGAAAUGGAUGAAGGGCAUUUCAGCCCUUCCGCAGCCCGUUUCCGGUCACGGAACCGUGUCCUUGCCGCCGGCAAAUCUCCUAAUAGAUCACUGAUAAUUGUGGAAAAAACGUUACUCCUUUACAUUUAAUAAUUGACGUAUUAAACCUUUAUUUUCCGUUAUUUAUACACGAGUUUUUUUCGUAAUUGUAUUUUGAUUUUUUUGUAUGGUGUACAUGUACGAUUUCAUAAGGAAACUUUACUCGGGUUAUUUUUUAUAAAUAAAACAGAAAUCAACGUUUUAUCCAAUUCGAGUAUUUUUUGUCGAGAGAUUUUUAAAAAAUUGAGAAUAGAUUCAAUGUCUAUUAUCAGAAUAUUGGACAGCGUUUCUUGUGGUAAGGCAUAAGUUCGAAAUUGGCGCAGAAUUCAUAUUUAAAAAUUAGAAAAUAAACUGCAAGGCGUUUGAAAAAUUAUAUCAUGUCGUUUAAUAUAUGUACAGAAAAAUAGUUCUACACAUGGAUCCAAAAGUCCUACCAGUGGACGAUAGAAACAUUUAUAUUUUGUGAAAGUAUUCUUUUUUAUGGAUAAAAAUAAAACUGACAGAACUGUUAA